AUGCGGUUGUCAGCCGUUUUCUCUUUUUUUCUAAGUCCGUCUUCCUUAUUUAUCAGAGAGAUUCAUAAGAACCCCCGUGAGUCGGGCAACGGAGAGAUUAAAACCAACCAGGAAAGCAAAAAAAAAAAUUGGGAUGACUCGGUGCAGCUCAUCAGCUUCUUUUGCUCGCCUUAUCAGUUGACGAAGCUUUUUUUUUUUUUUUCUUUCUUUCUUUCUUUCUUUCUUUCUUUCUUUCUUUCUUUCUUUCUUUCAAUGCUUUCGUUUUUGCUUGAUUCCUCGAGUUGUGUCUUUCUUUCUUUCUUUCUUUCAUUCUUUCUUUCUUUCGUUAUUUCUUUCUUUCCUUCCUUCCUUCCUUCUUCCUUCCUUUCUUGCUUGAUUCCUCGAGGUUUUAUAUAUGAACGUCUUUCAUUCUUUCUUUUCCAUACUUUUCGUCGAUUGAUGUCUUUCUUUCUUUCUUUCUUUCUUUCAUUCUUUCUUUCUUUCUUUCUUUCUUCUUACCUUUUUUACUUUUCUGCUUUCUUUCUUUCUUUCUUUCUUUUUCUUUUUUUUCUUUUCUUUCUUUUCUUUCUUUCUUCUUACCUUUUUUACUUUUCUGCUUUCUUUCUUUCUUUCUUUCUUUCUUUCUUCUUACCUUUUUUACUUUUCUGCUUUCUUUCUUUCUUUCUUUCUUUCUUUCUUUCUUUCUGCUUAACUUUUUUACUUUUCUAUUUUUCAUUCUUUCAGCUUUCUUUCUUUCUUUCUUUCUUUCUUUCAUGCUAUCAUCUAUUAAUUUGUUUGUUUCUUUCUUUCUUAGUGUGUUUAUUUGUCUUUCCAGUCCUUUUUUAUUUCAUUCUUUCUUUUUCCAUACUUUCAUGUCAUCCUUUCUUUCUUUCUUUCUUUCUUUCCUUCUUUCUUUCUUUCUUUCUUUCUUUCUUUCUUUCUUUCUUUCUUCUCAUUCUUUCGUCCCUUAUUUCUUUCCUUUCUUUCUUUUUCUACAUUGCAUUCAUAGUAACAAUGUUGUACUUUUUUCUUUACAUCUCGUCAAUUGAAACAUUCCUGUUCCUUUUCUUUCUUUCUUUCUUUCUUUCUUUCUUUCUUUCUUUCUUUCUUUCUUCCUUUUGUUCGUUCUUUCUUUCUUUCUUUCUUUCUUUCUUUCUUUUUUCUUUCUUUCUUCUUCUAUAG